UUUGUCAGUCUCCCUCCUCCUUGAUGGAAUUUCUGGCAGGAGGUGCAAACAGGUGGGUGAUGGCCUGGAAAGCUACAAUUUGACUAGUUAAAUGACACCCAUAUCUCUAUACUGUAAUCACAAGUCUUCUGGAAACCAGAUGUAUGUCAUAGUACCAAAGCUGACCUGUGGGAGGCAGCAUGGUGCCUCAUAGCAUCCGAAGAAGAAAGAGAAAAAGCUACUUAACCUUUCUGGUCAUGACAUUACAGUGCCAAACUCUUCUUCUUGUCAUUUUGUGAGACACAUGAUGCAAACAUUCAAUACGAAUAACUGUUUCUCUAUUUGUGUCUGGCAACAGCAGGAGUAUUAGCUCACUUCCCGUUUGGCCAUUAUUCCGUUUCACGUCACUCACAGAGUCAGAUUGGCCAUUGUAAAUAUUGAACAGGUUUAACAGUUAUAACUGUUGGCCUCAACCAUUUUCCAAACAGGUUCCAGAGACAACACACCGCACCCCACAUGGUCAUCUUCCUAAAACAUCCAAUAUUUGUGACUUUGCUGAUUUUGAUCAGAAGGGGUAAUGAGCCUCAGUUUCAGAAUCAAUUGGUAAGUGAUGCUCUACUCAUUGUUACUACAGACAAUAAGACCACAACACUUUUAGCUUUAGUAGUAGGAGUAGGAAAUAACAUGAAGAAAACUUUUGAACAAACCCCAUAAUCGAGGUGCAAAUGCAUUUUUUUGUACAAGUGGUAAAAAUAUCCACACACAUAAUGCAUAUUCAUGAACUUUCUGAACCGCUUAUUCUAUCAAUAAAAUACUUAUAUUUCGAUUUUGUUUUCUGAUGACAUUACCCACGAUGACGAGCUGUUUUCAGGCUCGCUGGGCGCAUGGCUUCAGCAACGCUGUGAGACUCCACAGAUCGCCAAGCAAUGUCCAAGCAGCUUCUGGACAAUCACUAUGGCAUCCUUUUCAUUGCUUUCAAAAUAAACGUUUGGCAGAUUCCCCGUCUUGCAUUUUCAAGGAAGCAUGGUGUGUUCAUGGUAAACCAGUGCUGCUCUCGUGUAAAAGAUAUCAUUUUUUUAUAUACUGCUCAUCCUCAAUUGAGGGUCGCGGGAGGGUUGGAGCCUUUCCCUGCUGAUUUUGGACAAGAGCACACCCUGGACUGGUCGCCAGCUAAUCGCAGCCUGGGCACAAAUAGACAAUUGGAUCAACCAUUCACAUACUGUAUUCUCAUUCUCAUAUUCACAUAUAUCAUAUUCUCAUCAAAGGAAAAUUUUCACGGUUUCUAAGAAACAUGUUUUUGGAAUGUGGGAGGAAGCCACAACGUAUUCGCCGUCGCAAGUGUAGACAGAACAUGCAAUUUCCACCGUGGAAGGCCAGAGGCUGCCCUCGAACCCCCAAACUCAGAACUGUGAGGCGGAUGUGCCAACCACGACGCUCACCAUGCUGCGAGGAGUAUUCAAACACAAACUGUUGGUAUUACAAAAACAUCAGGAAUCAAACUUCGGGUUAGAAGCAACAGCUGGAAAAGGACGAAUUUAACGUCGAUAUCGGAACGUUUUGGUAUGAAAGUAUUCCCGUACCCUGCAUGUAAAACCCCGUGUGGUUGAGCGGAGACGCAAGCUCAUCCACUGGCCGAGCGGAUAUUUGUUUAACUUUGAAAGUCCAAGCGCUCGAUUUCCGGCGAGACUGUGUGUGCCUCACGUUUGAUUUACACACCUGGAACGGCUCGCAGCUGCACGCGCGCCUCGCGCCGCUCGCAGCGCAACAGAAACGGACGUUUUGUCGCGUAAGUGCUCUGCCGAUUGUGUCCUUCAGAGGGUCGCGUUCGUCUCGGGUGUCGGCCAUGGGGAGGAGCACCGGCAAGGCACCUCGAUGAGGCGCAUGCAGGUGCCAUUCAUAGAGCGCUGCUGACAGGCGGGGCGGCGGGACGUGACGGACAGGUAAACCGCUGUGCGUUUGAAGCCAAUGGCCCGUGGCCGUGACGCGCAGGGGCGUGAAUCGCUCGGACUCUGAAGUGAUGGGGCCGUUGUAGCCGGCAGAGCCGCCGCGACUGUGGGGUGCGGCAUCGUCUGGGAUCCGAGCCCCCGAUCCGGAGAAGGCGAGUGACGAGACCGGAGACGCGGGCGGAGACGCCUCUGCUUUUGUGUAGGCUGUCUCGGCGGGGACAUGGCAGCGGCUAUCGCCAGCGGUUUGAUCCGCCAGAAGCGGCAGGCGAGGGAGCAACACGCCCACCGACCGACCACUCACCGGCGGCGGAAGAGCCCCAGCAAGAAGCAGGGGCUGUGCAACGGGAACCUGGUCGACAUCUUCUCUAAAGUCCGAAUAUUUGGCUUGAAGAAGAGGAGGCUACGGAGACAAGAACCGCAGCUGAAGGGCAUAGUGACCAGGUUGUUCUGCAGGCAAGGCUUCUAUCUCCAGAUGGGCCAGGAUGGAAGUCUGGAUGGGACCAAAGAUGACAGCACCAACUCUUCUCUGUUCAACUUAAUUCCAGUGGGACUUCGAGUUGUGGCCAUCCAAUCAGUAAAGUCCGGUCUCUACAUCGCCAUGAACGGAGAGGGUCACCUCUACUCCUCGGAAAUGUUCACCCCGGAGUGCAAAUUUAAGGAGUCUGUGUUCGAGAACUACUAUGUGAUCUACAGCUCCAUGCUGUACAGGCAGAAGGAGUCUGGCCGGGCCUGGUUCCUUGGCCUCAACAAGGAAGGGCAGGCCAUGAAGGGCAACAGAGUCAAGAAGACCAAACCAGCUGCACAUUUCUUGCCUAAACCUAUAGAAGUUGCAAUGUACCGAGAGCCUUCACUGCAUGACGUAGGGGAGGCGGCGCCUAAGAUCGCCGGGGGCCCGCCUUCCAAAAGCACAACCAGCGAGCCAGUGAUCAUGAACGGCGGUAAGCCCGUCAGCAAACCUGACAAGGAGGAGACAUAGCCCACCGUCCCCACCCCCGCUUCCCCUUUCCAUCCGCAAGCAACCAGAGGCCAGGAAAAGUCCGCCAUUCUGCAACAAAGGUGACAAAAGAGACUCAAAGUCAAGCUGAGACUGGUCAGCAGUGAGGGAGCACCCGGCACCCCGCUGCUCACAAUAAGAUAGAUCUGGUCCUGUCGGCGGCCGAGGGCCAAACAGAAAGAAAAUGAAGUGGCAGGAGUGUGAGCUCCUCUUGGCAGAAAGGAUGUUCGGAAAAUGAAACAAACACACCAUGAUACAAAUGUGCCAUCUCCGCUGGUGUUUUCCUGUCAGAGGCCUGCUUAUCCUUCUCCGAUCUUGCUCGGUUGCCAGGUACGCUUGUUUAAAACACACACACGCACGCGCACAAGCUCCACACGGUGGAUUUUCAAGCCACCCCGACAAAGAAAUAUGAUGGAGCGUUGAAGCUGCAUCCGAUCGGACACGCAACGCUCUGUAUGUCACCACCAGUUCGGUUCUUAUUUGACAGUCAGGCAUGUUUCUUUAUUUCUUUGUUGCUAGUUGGUUUUAAGGAUGCAAAAACACCGCUGGUUGUGCAGAGACAGACGAGAUUUCACUCGCUACCUCCCUGCCAAGCACCGAAUGAAUGCUACCCACCUCUUCCCUGUGUAGCCAUUCAAGAAUUCUAGCCAGGCCUUGCUCACAUCGGCACGUAGCAAGAACCGAAGAGGUUUCACAUGUUUGGAGUCCAAAACAAAUGAAGCCCAGUUAUUAUUUACGUGG